AUGUCGCCGUCGUCCACGGGUGACUCGCCUCUUUCUGCCGGCGGAGCUAGUAAUUCGGGGCGACCAUUUCCCCUACCUUCAAGGGAGACAUUUUCGAUCGAGGUCCCGUCGCCGCAGCUGAACCCGGCCACCAACGGCUCAGCGCUAAAAUCCCCGACGGCUGUCAAGGCUCAACGCACCGCAAGCUUCAGCCGGGAAGGAAUAUUGGGCUCGGCACAAAAGGCCCGGAAUCUCUCGCAAACGACCGAAGUCCGCACCGAGCAAGUCACCAAUGGCAUGCAGAAAGCAUCGAGCGACGAAGGGGGCAAUCCCCUAAAGAGAAGAAAUACAGAUGCGACUGUUGAUUAUCCCCGGAGGAGGGCCACAAUCGCGUGCGAAGUCUGUCGUUCCCGGAAAUCAAGAUGUGAUGGCACCAAGCCGAAGUGUAAGCUCUGUACGGAAUUGGGGGCCGAAUGCAUAUACAGAGAACCCGGGAUCAAGCUUGACGCUGGCGACAAGCUCAUUCUAGAACGACUGAAUCGGAUUGAGAGCCUACUUCAAAUCAAUUUAGCGAACGGACACCCGAAUGCUAUGCAGAUCACACACGAUUCCCCGCCUAUAAGUAAUGGCACAGCUCUUAGCGGCGAUAAUGUCAUGAUUCAGAACUCAUCUGGAAGUUUUGUUUCCAUAAUACCAAGCGGUGGCCUGGGAACAUGGACAAGCCACCCCCAAGGAACUAAUAUUUCUACGAUGCCAAAGGUCCACACCAACGCAGCGCUACAUUUACUGCAAUGGCCGUUAAUUCGAGAUUUGAUCGGACGCCCGUACGACCCGCAGAUUAUUCUGCAACUCGAAAUGGCACGCGAACCACUCCAUUCUUUAGCGAAAACACCGUGUGUUGAUUUAUCGAAUACUAAUGCUUACAUUGAGGCCUACUUUGAAAGGGUGAAUGUGUGGUAUGCCUGUGUUAACCCUUUUACUUGGAGGAGCCAUUACCGUACAGCGCUAUCAACCGGAUUCCGCGAGGGUCCCGAGAGCUGCAUCGUGCUACUGGUGCUUUCUCUAGGCCAGGCGAGUUUACGAGGCAGCAUAUCAAGGAUCGUACCUCAGGAGGAUCCUCCGGGUCUGCAAUAUUUCACAGCUGCAUGGUCACUUUUACCUGGUAUGAUGACUGCCAACAGUGUCUUGGCCGCUCAGUGCCAUUUAUUAGCCGCCGCAUACCUUUUCUACCUGGUGAGGCCGUUGGAAGCGUGGAACCUGCUGUGUACCGUGAGCAGCAAACUACAACUUUUACUCAUGACGCCGACACGGGUACCGGAGGAUCAAAGAGAGUUACUAGAGCGCAUUUACUGGAACGCUCUACUCUUUGAGAGCGACCUCCUCGCGGAACUGGAUUUGCCCCACUCCGGAGUAGUACAAUUUGAGGAAAAUGUUGGUCUUCCUGGUGGCUUCCAAGGUGAAGAAUCCGAAGCGGUUGGCCGAGAUGACCUUUGGUACUUCUUAGCUGAAAUCGCAUUGAGAAGGCUUCUCAACCGAGUUAGCCAACUCAUCUACUCUAAGGACUCGAUGGCAUCUACUACUAGUUUGGAACCCGUCGUCGCCGAGCUGGACUUUCAGCUCACGCAAUGGUACGAGAGCCUCCCUUUGGCCCUUCAGUUCCCGUUCACCCGUGCGACUCUACCCGACCCGGUGCAAACCGUCUUACGAUUACGUUUCUUUGCUUGCCGAACCAUUAUCUACCGUCCGUAUAUCUUGGCAGUCCUCGAUAACGAGCAGGCCGUUUUGGACCCCUCAGUGCGGGAGAGCUGUCACAAGUGCCUUGAAGCCUCAAUCAGGCAAUUGGAGCACAUAUCUGCACAUCACGCCGGCCAUAUGCCCUACCUUUGGCAAGGCGCCCUCUCUAUCGUUUCUCAAACAUUACUGGUUAUGGGGGCUACUAUGUCACCUUCUUUGUCAAACAUCCUAUUGACCCUCGUCCCUCACCGUGAGGUCAUCGACCAAAUCAUCAAUGAUGUAAUUAUGGACAUCGAGAGGAUGGCCAUAUUGGCGCCUAGCCUUAGUUUGGCGGCCGAAAUUAUUAAGGAGGCCGAGGUCCGUAGACGAACAUUCUUAAACGGAUGA